AUGAACUGCCCUUCGAGAGUCGAGCCGGAAAUCCCACCGGGCUGGAACCAAAACCCACCCGCCCUCAACGCCGAUGCCACCACGUGCAAUGACCUGAACCAUAUCGCAAACGAGCGCCAGAAGCGCAAGAGCUCCGACCGCAGCGCCGACGAUGGCGCCAUCGAACGACCUCAGCAACCCCCCGACGACCACCCCGGUCCUUCGCAGCGGCGGGGUUUUGGGCGCUCUCAGCCUGAGCGUCCCGCCAAAGCAGACAUGAACGUCGAUGUUGCUGAGUCUGUCUCGGCUUCUCGCCCGCAUGCCACUACCUUCAAUGUCGGAUAUUCUGGUCGUGGGAGCGGAGGGGCGUCGUGGUUCUCGGACCUCGUGUUUCAGACCAAAGAUGUGCUCUACAAGUACGCAAAAUUCGUUGGACCGGGUUUUAUGGUGGCCGUUGCAUACAUUGAUCCGGGAAAUUAUGCUACCGACGUUGCCGCUGGCGCGUCCUACCGCUUCAAGCUCCUCUUCAUCAUCCUGAUGUCCAACAUUUUUGCCAUCUUCCUGCAGUCUCUCUGCGUGAAGCUGGGUACCGUCACGGGCAUGAACUUGGCCGAGAACUGCCGUGCUCAUCUGCCUUGGUGGCUGAACAUUGUCCUGUACAUCUUCGCCGAGUCGGCCAUCAUCGCCACGGACAUUGCUGAAGUCAUCGGCACAGCAAUCUCCCUGAACGUCCUAUUGAAUGUACCUUUGGUUGCCGGCUGCGCCAUCAGCAUUGUCGACGUCUUCAUCAUCCUGCUUUUCUACCGACCCUCAGGCUCCAUGCGAGCCGUGCGCAUUUUCGAAUAUUUUGUGAUGCUACUUGUGCUUGGUGUGGUUGUCUGUUUUUGCUUCCAGCUCAGCCUAAUCAAGCACACGUCGGUGGGCGACGUUUUCAGAGGGUACCUGCCAAGCAAGGCCAUCGUUGAAUCGAAAGGUCUUUACCAAGCUUGCGGAAUCCUUGGUGCUACCGUUAUGCCCCACUCGCUGUAUCUUGGCUCAGGCAUCAUCCAGCCGCGCUUGCGCGAAUUCGAUGAAGCGCUUUCGGCUUCUGCCCAAAACCCCGCCGCUGCGGAAAACAACAACUCUGACUCCGACUCGGAAUCAAUCAUGUCUCUCUCCAAAUAUCGCCCUUCCAUCCAGGCGAUCAAGGCUUGUUACAUGUAUUCUGUUGUCGAGACCGCUAUUUCUCUCUUUACCUUUGCGCUUUUUGUCAAUUCCGCCAUCCUCAUCGUUGCCGGCGCUUCGCUGUACAACACCCCCGGCGCUGACUCUGCGGACCUUUUCGGUAUCCACGAUCUUCUAUCGUCGACGCUGGCCCCCGCCGCUGGCACCAUCUUCGCCCUUGCCCUGCUUCUCUCUGGUAUAAGCGCGGGCAUUGUCUGCACCAUAGCCGGCCAGAUGAUUUCAGAGGGUCAACUGAAUUGGUCCUGCAAGCCGUGGAAGCGCCGAUUCAUUACCCGCAGCAUCAGCAUUACCCCCUCGAUUAUCGUCGCCGGUGCGGUCGGCCGCGAAGGUUUGUCAGAUGCUCUCGAAGGCUCACAGGUAGCACUCAGUGUUAUCCUACCAUUUGUCAGCGCUCCUCUCGUCUACUUUACUUGCCGCAACAAGUUUAUGACCGUUUCCGCCAUUGACCGUGGCGUCCCCCCCAACAACAACACCGUUGCCCAAGCCGAGCAUGGAGAGCGGCGGUCCAGUGGCUCCGUCGAGGAAAUCCAGAUGCGCAACAGUUGGCUAACGGCAACGAUUGCGCUCCUCAUCUGGUUGGUCAUUGUCAUCAUGAACAUUGCCUUGUUAGUGCUUGUCGGCAUGGACAAAGCGUAG